CAAAAGGCAAAAGCCAGAACCAGCAAAUUCAACCAAAAAACCAUGAAUAGGUUUUAGCAGUGAGGAAAGAGAAGAGUGUUCUGAAAAUUGCAGGCAAAAUUACACCAACAACGAUGCAGAGAUGGUGUUCCAAGCUUCGAGCUUUGGCUCUUCUUCCAACCACCACCACUACUACUACAAUUAGAGCUUCAUCAUCUUCUUCUUCUCCUUCAUUUUAUCGCUUCUACUACCAUCACUCUACCUCUAAUUUUCAGCGCCCCUUUUCACCAUUUUCGUCAAUUUCUUCCCAAUUAAACUCCCAUUUCAAUACCCCCGCUUCUCUGGCGCUUCCUACAAAUGGGGUUUCCUUCUCUCUCCUUCCUCAUCCUUAUGCGCAAAUGAGGAGCUUUUCGGCUAAAUCAAAGGAGAAGAAAUGGAAGAAGCUUACACCAGCCACUUCAAAGGUCAAGAAGAUCAAAAUUAAGGGCUAUUCGUCUUUCAAGAGAAGGUUCAAGACUUUGAAUGACGGGACAAUUAGGCGAUGGAGGGAAGGCAAGCGGCAUAAUGCACAUUUGAAGUCAAAGAAAUCCAAGAGAAGGCUCAGAAAACCCGAGAUUGUGCCAGCUGCUUAUGCGAAAGUGAUGAAGAAGCUCAACUUCUGUUCAAAUUUCUGAAACAAACAAGAGGGAAAGAACGCGAUGAAUCUCUAGACAAUUUGUUAAUCACUGUUUUUUCCGGUGAUGUAGUUCCUCUUCCCAUUUCAGUAUUGGGUUUAAUGCGGAGUACAAAUGUACAAUGCUCUGAUUCAAAGAUCUGGUUAGCUACUACAAACAUAAGAUCUACUCCGUAGUUAAUUUAGCUGCUCUAGUCCUUGAUAACAUUUGCCCUUGUUGCUAUCAAUUUAUGUAUGAACUAGAUAGUUUUUUUUUACAUAGAAUCUUGAAAGUGUUUCCUUUGAAAUGCAGAUUACAGUUUCUAAUAAGACCUAUUAUACAUGUAUCAGAAAAAAGUAAGAAAAAAAACAUUUUCUGAGGCUUUUGUGAGUUCA